GCAGUUAGCCAGGUAGGCAGCCGCAGCAGCGCCAGCCGCUCGAGCUGAAGUCAGUCAAUAGCAGACGGCCAAAGCGUUGAGACGUCGUCAGUUGCGGGACGCGUAAAACGUGCUUAACGAACAAAAAUAUAAAACUGAAAAGCCAAGCGAACAACGGAGUUAACAUUUGCCAACAACAACAGCAACAACAUAGAAGCUGCUCUUUUUAUAUUUUUUUUUGCUGUGCGCUGUGCUGAGCAAGCGAAGAUGCUGAGAAGUACUUGGUAAGCGUCUGGGCAGCCAUAAAUUGAAGUCAACUGCUUAAUCUAAAUUGAUCACUGAAGAAGAAGAGGUAGUAGACGUAGCAGAAGCAGAAGAAGAAGAAGAAGAAGAUGGCGCUACGUUUGCGUCGGGACGUACAGAAGGCCUCCUACUAUGUGUGGUUCCUGGGCGCCGAAGAGGCGAAGGGAUUGCGGGGCGCCCGCGUCAUUAACUCAGUGCUGCCGUAUCUGGUGGACAGAUCACGCGGCCAGGAGCCGCUCAAGGUGACGCUCCAGGUCUCGCACAAGGGCAUCAAAAUCGUGCAGGGCUCGUCGAAGCAUUUAAUACCACACAGUGCCAUAACCAGCUCCGUGCAAACCGAUGACAUCGUCGCCUGUGUGCUGCUCCUCUACAAUCCGGCCACCAAAUGCCCCUUGCAUGUGCACGCCUAUCGUUGCGACUCGGAGACAACGGCCGAGGCGUUGCACCUACAACUGCAAAUCCUAAUCAAUCGGCCCGACAAUCAGAAGCGCUUUGAGGAGCUCGAGACCAGAUUGGGCAUUUUGCCACCGCUGCCCGCUGGCGGGCCUCUGGGUCACAAUGGAGGCAGCAGCAGCAGCAGCCACAGCGGCGGCGACAAGCGCCACGAUUCGGCACACAAGUCGUCGCAUCAUCAGUCACAACAGCAGCAGCAGCAGCUGCACUCGAGCGGCGGCUACUCACAGCAGCAGCAGCGCCGCCAUGAGACAUCGCCGAAGCGCUUCAGCAGCUCCUUGGGCAGCGACACGGGCAACAGUACACGGGAGUCCGAGUGCAGCGAGGAGCACGGCCUAGCCGGCUCGCCCGUCUCCCGCUCGCCGCCACACGGCGGCAACAACAGCAAGCACCAUUCGUCACAUCAUGGCGCGCAUCAUUCGCAUGGCCAUCCACAUGGCCAUCCGCCACUGACGCCGCAGCAGAACAGCGAUCUGUUCGACUCGCUGGCCGCCGAGCUGCGCGCCAAGCUGAACGGCAAUGGGCCGCCGUUGCUGCUGCCGCCGCGCGACUACGACACGGUGCAUCGCUCCAAGGGUAAUCUAACGGCGAUUGAGCUGCGACGCUGUCGCAAUGCUCUCAUUGUGGGCGGCUCGGGCACGCCCAAAGGUCAGGUGGCACCUGCCACAGGAGCAGCUACAGCCAGCGCUGUGCCCGCCACAACGGCCAAUGGCAAACAGGUCUCAUCGCGCGGCUCCUCGGGCAUUGGCUCGGAUCUGGCGCCCAGUCCGGAGCGACAGGAGCUGAACAGCUCAAGUGACGAUGAACACUGGUCGAACGAGGCGGACAAUUCGGUGAUUGCCUUGAAGCCGUCACAAAUUGCGCUCUCGCAUCAUGCGCAGCUGAAGCGGAAGAGCGCGGUGCAGCCGCCGGAGGAUAGCUAUCUGCGGGAUCUGCCGGCCAAGCCGUACGUGCCCAGGCAGAGCGAACGCGUCAAGACGCCGGCGGCGGCAGCGGCAGCGAGCAACAGCAAGUCCUGGUCGCGCGAGGAUGAGAUCAAGCCGAUCAUCAUGCGACCCGCUGACUAUGAUGCGAAAUUCAAUCGGGUGAUGCAGCUGGAGCCGCAGCCGGCCAAGCACGAGGCAGCUGCCAAGCUGCGCGACACAGACAAAUACAACGAGAUCAAUCGCUUGCUCAACAAGAAGCUCUCUGGCCACGACAGGGAGGGACGGCUCAAGCAGCGUUCGCUGCACGAUGACGAUCUGGACGACUUCGACGACUCGGAUCCGUGCAGUGAGCCGCAGCAGAAGCCGCUGCCCGUCGCCAGCUAUCGCAAGGAGAAUCUGACGGAUAAGCAAAAGUUCAUGGAAUAUGCGUCCAAGAAGCAGCAGCUCAAGUCCUAUGCGGCCGAGGAGGCGCAACGCUAUGGCGGCAGUCGCCAUCGCUAUGUGGAUCCCGCCGAGCUGCCGUUCGAGCAGCUGCCGCCGGUGCAGCCGCUGCAUCCGGUGCCGGGGCACAAUAAGUAUGCCGCCGUGCAUCGCGGAGCGGAGCAGACGCGCAGCAGCAACAGCGUCGGCGGCGGCAGCAGCAGCCACAACAACAACAGCAGCAACAACCCAGAGCGACUUAGGGAGCGCCAUGACAGAGACAGAGAGCGCGAUAGAGAGAGGGAGCGCGACAGAGAUCGCGAGCAUUCCAGGGAUCGCAAUCCGUAUCGCGAGGCAGAGAGCCUGCCCUACAUACAGAGCAUGGAGAAGAUGAUGAAGUCGACGGGCAUGCGGUACGGCGAGGAGCAGCCGCGCAAGCCCAGCAGUCGCGAUGGCCGCGACUACGUCCGGGAGUAUCCGACUGCAGCCAGCAGUCAGGUGUCGCCGCGCGAUCGCUUCCACGAUGCCAAGGACAAGUUCCGGGCCAUGGAGCGCACCAGCGGCAGUCGCUACGACCUGGACGAGCGCGACAGCGGCAACGGUGCCGCAGCGGUGGCAUCCACGGGCGAUUACCGAUCAUCGUCGCGUCGGCGUCGCGGCUCUGUGGAGCCGCCCAGCUACGAGCAGUGGAGCGACGAGGAGGAGGAGCCAGAGCAGCAGCUGCCAGUGCAGCAGCCGGAGCCAAUGAUGAGCCGUUCGCGUGCUCGCUCGCGGGAACACUGGGAGCAGGAGCAGCAGCAGCACGGAAGCAGCAACAUGCGUCAUGGCCAGGAGCGGGAGCGACGCGAACGUGACUAUCCCAUGCGACGCGGCGACGAUAUGCGAGAGCCACACGAUGCCUAUCGGCAGGAACGUGAGAGGGAGAGGGAGCGGGAGCGGGAGAGGGAGAGAGAGAGGGAAAGAGAGAGGGAGAGGGAGAGGGACAGGGAGAGGGAGAGAGAACGUGACCGUGAACGGGAACGAGAGCGGGAGCGUCAUCAGUCGCAGUCGCGCCAUCAGCUGCGCGCGCGUUCGCGCGAAUAUCUGCAGCCGGCGGAGUCGGUGCCGCCGGUAGCCAAGUCCAGUUCGUCGCGCUUGGCACAUCAUGCCGAGCGUUAUCCAUCGCCGGCGCCAACGCCGAACAGCGGCAACAGCGCCACCUCCAGCUCUGGCAAGCCGCUGGCCAGCAUGCCCAAGGGCUAUCGGCACAGCUAUGCGGAGCCCGUGUUCGCGCGCUCCGGCGGACGCGUGGGACUCGCCGCAGUCAAUCCCUACUGAUAGGAACCAACAGCAACAACAAUAUCACUGCAAAAUGAACAUACUCAAUAACUGUACAUUACACACACACACGCCACACACACACACACACGUGGAUGAAUCCCCCUGCGGGGACGAUCAGCAGCCACGAUCCAAGCGCCACAAAGCUGCUGGGCACCAAGUGCUUCGGCGGUCAGCGCCUGUAAUUAUGUGCCUUCAAAAUAUGUUUUAUAUCAGUGCAGAUGCAUGUGUAUACACAUGCACAUACAUACAUACAUACAUAAUGUAUCUCUAUGACUAUAUAAUGCAUGUAUAUUUUUUAUUUAGCUAAAAACGAAACGCGAACAAUCACAGUUGAUAUAUGCAUUUUUUUUCGUAGCCUUAAGU